UCUGCCAUCGUGCCAACGGGCUGAUCGCACCUCCCCCCUCCCCUUCCGUCUGCCACCCGCCACAUGCCAUGUCUGAAAAGUGGGAAACCGUCACAAAAUCUCCGAAAAAGUCGCAGUCCAAGCGCUCUCCCCAGAAGCCCGCCCACGAUUCGGACUCGUCUGCGGUGUCGUCUCUAAAGACCACAUCGAUGUUCGACGCCCUCGAGAAUGAUGCGCCGUUCCCCAAGGACCCGAAGGAGCCCAAGCCAGCCCAGUCGGUGCUGGCGUCGUCCAACACAAACAAACCUGCUGUCCAAAAGCAAACCAAGUCGCCAUCCAAGCAAAAGACGGAAGCACCACCAAAGCCAAAGUCCAAGCCAUCUGCCGAGCCUCCUGCCAAACAGUCGUCCACCGGCUCCGAUCAGGAAGACCCACAGCCCCUCGUUGGCCCCGCUGUAGCCCCUGGCCCUGCGCCUGGCCCUGCUCCUGGCCCUACUCCCGCUCCCGGUCCGGCUGCUGCUGGUGUCAAAAAGAAGUUUAACAAGCUUACCGACAUUGUAUAUAUCGAUGUGCCCAGGACUACUGAAAAGCUCUGCGCCGUGACCGCAGAGAUUCGCAGCAAAAAGAAACCCGAGCUGUUGCUUGAGUACUGCAAGUUCCUCGAUGCCCAGAUUGCCGACAAGAACAUCAAGGUCGGCAUCAUGGGCCACAAGUCCUUCAGCCUGAUCAACAGCGAAAAAACAGGCUUCUGGCAGUAUCCAUACAACUUCUAUCCGUUCUCGCUCAAGAAGAUCACUGAUGAGGAGCUUCUCAAGUGCUUCCCCACGGAGAACGAUCCUGGACUUGUCAAAACAGUCUAUCUGAUCGCUAAGCAGAUUGUCGAGUUCCAGAUCCAAGCUGCUCGUGUAUCGGCCUUGAACAGCGCCGGUCUUGGCUACCAAAUCGUCAUGCAGAACUUGAUCCUACUCCAUCACAACGUCAUGUUUGCUCCCUUUGCGGACGGACGAAGCGUCGUGGAGACUCUGUUCCACGACUACCGAAACAAGUUCGCGUCCUACCCGCCUAUUGGCAACACGCUCUUGUGGAUCUUGGCGGCCCAGAAUGUCUGGGUUCAGAACAAGCGUGCCCUCAAUCCCAGAUCGAUCGAAUGCUUCUUCAAGUAUAUCUAUCCCCAGCUCACGGGCGAAAGCGUCUACCCCGAGGACAAGGACUAUUGUGUGUCCGUUGCCGAGACAAACAGCCUUGCCAAGACUGUGCUCGAGGGCUCCAUCGACUUUCUCAGCCUCGUUUAUCAGAAAGGCAUCGACAUCUUGGACGAUUGGGGAAUACCUCUCCCUGGAGGACCGCUUGUGCUUCCGCGUGAGGUCUUUGAGUCUCUGGGUUUGAUCGAGAUCACCAAAAGUGUUCCGGCCUAUGGCUCAUUGCCUGAGGAACGUGCCGAGUUCCUGGUCAACGCUCUUGGUAAAUUCUCUGCCUAUAUCCAGAUGGCCUUGUUUGUGACGAAUCCUCGACUCAAGGAGCCCAACAUCCGGGUCGACGUCUCGCCGUCCGUGUGGUUCACAGAGACCUUGGUCAAGUUGGACUCGUCCGUUGAUCAAGAUGCGCAAAAUUAUUUCGCACGAACCUUGACCCUCAUGCUCGUUAAAGCCAACAACGACUUUGUUCGGGGUGGUCGCAAGAGCGAUGGCUUCCCCAAGGUAUUCCAAGUCUUUGAGGAGCUGGUGGCCAAGCAUCCUAUUGCGUCAACUCGUCUACUCAACUUUAUCUAUGAGCAAAAGGGUGGAUGGUCUCCACUCUCCAAGAAGCCGCUCUGGAGCCUCAUAAAGAAGACCGACACAAAGUCCUUCCUGGGAAAGCUGAUCCGUGCAGCCCAGGCUUCCCCUUCGAAAGACUCGAGCGAGCUCAUUCGUUCAGCCAAGAGACUUCGAUCUGCGCUUCCGAGCCCUCCUCAGCCAUGGACGCUCUCUAGAAUCAUUCACAAGCUUUUCAGCUGGCUUUUUAUCCUUUACUCCAUAUCCGUUGUUUACGCUGCCUUGAACGGUUGCCCCUACCAACGUGGCGCCGAUCCCACGCUCUCCGAAACCCUGUACUGUCCCUACGUGGUCGUCACCAAAGAGCCCGAGGUCUCCAAAGCCCUCCAGGACUUCCAUGUCCAUGUUUGGGAGCCUUAUUGCGAAGAAGCCUACGAAAUGUACCUCGAGCCCGUCGUCAACGCCGCUUCCGGGCUUGGCCUUUCCAGCCGCGCGUUGCAACCGCUCCAGACACAGGUUGAUAAGCUUUCGAAGCCCUACCUCCGAAGUCUCCGCAAGAAUUACCGCCGUAAUCUCGCCCCACAUGUGCGCAAGUGGAUGCAGAGUCAAUUCGUUCGAAGCCAGAUUCGACGCGGCAGGAACAUCAUCACCGAUGUCGGCACGGGUAUCGAAAACACCGUCUUUCUGGCUGUUCAAGGCUAUAAAUACAGCCGCGGAACCCUGGACAAACAGGAGCAGGCUUACUGGCAGAGCGUCUACGACCGCGCCGAAGAUUUCGUGAAGGAGUGGUUCAAGGAGAACUCCAGAUUCGGCAAGCUCAUGAAGGAGCGCGAGGCGCAAUACAAGAAGUUCCUUGACCAAGAGAAGCUGAAGGAAGAAAAGAUUGCUGCCAAGGCUGCCGAGAUUGCCGACAGCGAGGAUGGUGACGCCGACGGCGACGACGGCGAUGAUGAUGGUGAUAACGAUGACAGCGACAACUAAGCCACGGAGACGCUUUCUCCUGGCAGCCCCGGGUCUUCAGAUCUCGAAGCCGUUGCUUUAGCCGGCCGAGAGGCCGGAGCGUCUCUGACCAGGAGCUUUCGCAGCACACUUGUUCUGGGGGACGUGUGGCAUUCACGCCCACGCCCGCGGGCUGCCAUCCAUCUGCUACGUAUACUUUCCCAGCCACCGCCUUGGGCUUUCCAUCGCAUCCCUCUUUCUCGGUUGUUAUUUCUUCGGGUUUACGGUCGAGUACAAGAGCGGGGGACUGCCACUUGCUUGCCUUGUUUGUUUUGCGAUCUAUUGCGUGCAAAAAAGAGUGAAGGGGACUCUCAAUUGAAGCCAGUGACAACCAAUCGCCCUGGUCGUUGAAUAAACCUAUUCGUCCCGUCUGUGAUGCCUG